AUGUUCUUCGCCGUGGCACCAGUCGAAUCGGGCCAGACUCGCCCAACUCCCGCUAUUAUUACCCCAGACUCGGACUCGGCGCAUUCGCCGCUGCAGAACGGGGUCGCUGCUCAACAGCCCCGAUUCUUUCAAGAUUUCUUCUCCAACACCACCCCCGGCCCUCACGGCCACGAUUACGACCCCGACCACGGGCAGUCAGCCUCGUUGCUUGCCUCGCAUCAGCCUAGUCAUCUGAACGAAGACCUGCGCUUCUCCCUAUCCGACGACGGCCGUUCAUCCGACUCAUCGUGGACCGACACGGGCGAUAUUUCCGAGCAGCUCGCCAGCGAGGAUCCACUGCGCCAAAGGCUCACCGAAACUCUCGACGACGAGCUUCUUGCUGGCGUCGUCAAGCGCCAUCCGAGGCAUCGCAAUCACCACCAAACCAGUACAAAGCGGGUUCGCUACCGCCAGCUGCUCUCCCCCUCACGCAGCAGGUCCGCGUCUCGCCACAUUGGCGUCGUUACUAAAGAGGGCAUUCAUAUUCCUGACGUACCCCCUCGAAACGUCCCUGCAGCUGAGCGCCUCCUCGCCGCCAUCAUGACGGGCGGCACGAGCUCCAUCCACGGCUUGACCGGGAAACCGUUAAUUUAUUUCACAUCUAUAUUCGUGUCCCUCGGCGUCUUCCUCUUCGGCUAUGACCAAGGCGUCAUGUCGGGCAUCAUUACUGGUGGCUAUUUCAAAGAAUACUUCCACGAGCCAUCAAACUUCCAGAUUGGGACCAUGGUCGCCAUCCUUGAAGUCGGGGCUUUCGUCUCAUCUUUGAUGGUUGGCCAUAUAGGUGACAUUAUCGGACGAAGAAAAACCAUUCUCUACGGGUCCUGUAUCUUCUUCGUAGGCGGCGCUCUACAAACAUUUGCCCUCAGUAUGCCCAUGAUGAUGCUGGGCAGAAUCACGGCCGGUCUAGGAGUCGGCAUGCUCUCGACCAUCGUUCCCGUCUAUCAAUCCGAGAUCUCCCCGCCGCACAACAGGGGCAAACUCGCGUGUAUCGAAUUCUCGGGGAACAUCAUUGGGUAUACAACCUCGGUGUGGGUGGACUACUUCUGCGGUUAUAUCGAGAGCAAUCUCUCCUGGCGUCUCCCUCUGCUCAUGCAGUGCGUGAUGGGCGCUUUGCUGGGCCUGGGGAGCCUAAUCAUUGUCGAAUCACCCAGGUGGCUGCUUGACAACGAUCAUGACGAAGAGGGCAUUGUCGUCAUUGCUAACCUUUACGGUGGCGGCGAUAUUCAUGAUCCGCGCGCCCGCGACGAGUUCCGCGACAUUAAAAUGAACGUACUUAUGCAUCGACAAGAAGGUGAGAGGACUUAUACCGACAUGUUUCAACGCUACGGCAGGCGCGUCUUCAUUGCCAUGUCGGCCCAGGCCCUUGCCCAGUUGAAUGGCAUCAACGUCAUCUCGUACUAUGCACCACUGGUAUUCGAGGCAGCCGGAUGGAAGGGUCAUGCGGCCGUCUUGAUGGCGGGCAUCAACGGCAUCACGUAUUUCCUAUCCACCAUCCCGCCUUGGUACAUUGUCGACCGCUGGGGCCGGCGGCCGAUCCUCCUGUCGGGCGCCGUGGCCAUGGCCAUAUCCUUGUCUCUAAUCUCAUACUUCUUGUACUUGAACAUUAAGGCCACACCGACUCUGGUUGUCAUCAUGGUUAUGACUUACAACGCCGCGUUUGGCUACUCGUGGGGCCCUAUCCCGUGGCUCUACCCGCCCGAGAUCCUGCCGCUCAAAAUUCGCUCCAAGGGCGCUAGUCUUUCCACAGCGACGAACUGGGCCUUCAACUGGCUAGUGGGCGAAAUGACACCGGUUUUGCAAGAGCUGAUCACAUGGCGCCUCUACCUUAUACACGCAUUCUUUUGCGCUGUUAGCUUUGUAGUUGUGUAUUUUCUAUACCCCGAAACCUGCGGAGUGCGCCUUGAGGACAUGGAUGCUCUCUUUGGCGACUCGACCAAAGCUCUGGGAACACCAGCUGGUGCAGGAACGCCAUCGGUGGCCGCAGAAUCUGACGCGCUGGUACGGUCUGGUUCCCCUGUGCCGCCGCUCGAUCUCAGAGCCCGUCGGUUCGGUGCCGGUAGUGCCAUCCCUGGCCUAAAUAUUGACCCCCCCGAUGACGUCGAUGCUGAUGCCGAUGACGACCGCAAGUCGCGGUCUGCGGCCGGAGCAACCUAUCGUACAGGCGGCGGGAUCGGCGGCUGGCUCUCUAGAAUUAUGGGCCGUGGUAGUUCAGCAGGUGCGUCGAGCGGCGGUUCUGGGGAGUAUGCGCCUCUAGACCAGCGAGAGGAGUAA